AUGACAGAAUCUAUCGUGGUGCUUGUGGUGCUUGUGGUGCUCGUUUUGGAGGCGCCCGGGAGCACGAUAAGCCCCCAAAUCGGCGACAUAUCUUCUCUGAUCUAUGUGCUUGAUCUGUCAACAUCUCCACCAGCUUGUCUUGGUCCGUGGUUCGCCUGCCGGGGUGGAGUGGGGGCUGCACGCUAUUUCCCACAUACGCGGCGGAUGGGUUCUCCCCGCUGCUGGCCCUCCGAGGACGUCGGCACCACCAGUCCGUGCGGGUCGAGCUUGGCCCCGGUCUCGGGCAGCUCGCCUGCCGACAGCGCGGUAGAUGGGUCUGAGCGAUACUUUGGUGCCCUCGCGAAGUACGAGGCUUGGAUCAGAAUAUCUCAAUUCCGACCAUUGGGACAAUUCGGAUACCCAAUUAGUUUGGUAAUUAAACAUGCUAGGGAGAUGUUUGCUCUGGAGAUGGCUCCAGCAUAUUGGUAA